GUGUUUCUCGCGCCUGCGCGGUAGGAGGGCAUUCCCGGGUCGCUUGGUCCUUCAAGAUGGAUUCGCGUCCUACCCCCGUCCCGGGCACCACUUACCGUCCGGCGCCUUUGGCCUCUUUGCCGGAGACGUUGGAUCUGAACUACUACCAAUGGACGCCGGAGAGGAAGCUCCUCGAGGCUAAGCGCCUCGCCAUCCGCGCCCGCCUCAAGCGCGAAUACCUGCUGAAGCUCAACGACCCCAACCGGAUCGCCAUGAUCCAAGACCCUGCUGUCGUUCGUUGGAAUAAUGCCAGGAUCUACGGUCCCACACAGCACUCCAGUGCCAAACCAAAAGCAUCCCUGAUGGGAGUUAUUUUUGCUUUAGGCCCCUUUGUUUUGUCGUAUUACGCAAUUAAGACGAGCAGGGAGCGUAAAGAGAACCUCAUACGAGAAGGCAAAUAUGAUCGGCCAUACCAUUAUAUUUACUAAACCUCUAACAAGCGGAAUGCUGCUUCCCUCUUUUUCUAUAAGAUCUCCUGGUGCCUGCUUGUUAUGUUUUCCACCGUAUGCUUUUUUGUAAUCUCCCAAGACCUCCUAAUUUAUAACCCUUUUUGGAAUUCAUUUUAUGUUCCUUUAAUCUGCCAUUUGGGACUGUCAGCCUUUAAUAAUGUCUGAUUUUAAAAUUAUUUCAUUUAUAUAUGUAUUUUUAAAGCUGCUCUAAAGUUUGUAAACUGUAGGGGUUUUUAAAGAUUAAAAGUUGUAACAGUGCAACAUC